AUGGCGGGAGGUCUUCGCCCAAGCGCCCGCGGAAAAGCAAUCAUCCCGCUGCGGGAGCGGCUGAGGGCUUGUGGUCGCCGGUCCGCGCUCCCGCCAGGGCCGCGGCGAGGCCCGCGAAGGCUGGCACCACAGCGAGUCGGCGGUCGCCCCCGCCGGAGUCCCGGCUGCGCCGCUGGCCGGGAGGCGCGUGAAGCGGGCGGGGAAGAUGGCAGCAGACAAGGCCGCAGGGCCAAAGACAGAUCCUGGGGCACUCCACUAAAGACCUCCUUCCAACAUCUAGCCAUUAAUGACCCAUUGUGUCCAGCCGCUCAGCCAGUUCCAAAUCCACAUCAAGGAACAGAGAAACAUGAAGGAACAGUUUCUACUUCUGGGAUCACUGAUCAAGAGAAGGAAUUAUCAAGCAAUGCUUUUCAAGCAUUCAUGGCUGGGAAUUAUGAAACAUGCCUGCAGCACCUGGCCAGCCUGCAGGACAUCAAUAAGGAUGACUACAAGAUUGUCCUGAACACAGCGGUGGCCGAGUUCUGCAAAAACGAGCAGACGACCACCGAUCACCUGCGAGCAACGCUGAACCAGCUGAAGAAUCAGGUCCAUUCAGCUGUCGAAGAAAUGGAUGGCUUAGAUGAUGUCGAAAAUAGCAUGCUCUACUAUAAUCAAGCUGUUAUUCUCUAUCACCUGCGCCAGCACACUGAAGCUAUAUCAGUCGGAGAGAAACUCUAUCAGUUCAUAGAACCUUUUGAAGAGAAGUUUGCACAGGCCGUGUGCUUCCUGCUUGUGGAUCUAUACAUUCUAACUUACCAAGCGGAGAAAGCGCUGCAUCUCCUUGCUGUCCUAGAAAAAAUGAUCUCACAGGGCAAUAAUCACAAAAACGGGAAAAAUAACGAGUCAGGAAACACUGCAGGCAAAGAGGGAUCGAAUCACAAAGCGGACAGUGGAGCCUUAAUAGAAGCAGCAAAGUCCAAGAUUCACCAGUAUAAAGUGAGAGCCUAUAUCCAAAUGAAGUCUCUGAAAGCUUGCAAAAGGGAAAUCAAAUCUGUCAUGAAUACAGCUGGAAAUUCUGCUCCUUCUUUGUUUCUUAAAAGCAAUUUUGAAUAUUUAAGGGGCAAUUAUCGAAAAGCAGUGAAAUUGUUAAAUAGUGCAAACAUUGCUGAACAUCCAGGAUUCAUGAAAACAGGUGAAUGUUUAAGGUGCAUGUUCUGGAACAAUCUGGGCUGCAUUCACUUUGCCAUGGGUAAACACAAUUUGGGAAUUUUCUAUUUUAAGAAGGCUCUCCAAGAAAAUGACAAUGUGUGUGCCCAGCUCGGAGCAGGCAGCACAGACCCGGGGAAGAAAUUCUCGGGGAGGCCCAUGUGUACCCUGCUAACAAAUAAGCGCUAUGAGCUCCUGUACAAUUGUGGCAUUCAGCUGCUGCACAUUGGCCGGCCACUGGCGGCCUUCGAGUGCUUGAUCGAAGCUGUCCAGGUUUAUCAUUCCAACGCCCGCCUUUGGCUGCGGCUGGCCGAGUGCUGCAUUGCUGCCAACAAGGGGACCUCAGAACAGGAGACUAAAGGUCUUCCAAGCAAAAAGGGGAUUGUACAGUCCAUUGUGGGUCAAGGCUAUCAUCGAAAGAUAGUCCUGGCAUCCCAGUCCAUACAGAACACCGUAUAUAAUGAUGGACAGUCCUCUGCCAUUCCUGUAGCCAGUAUGGAAUUUGCAGCCAUUUGUCUCAGGAACGCCUUGUUGCUGUUACCAGAAGACCAGCAGGACCCAAAGCAGGAGAAUGGGUCUAAGACCAGCCACCAGUUGGGUGGAAGUGCAGAAAAUGCUGAAAGUCAGGAGACUUGCAGCAGUAAAAGUCAUGAUGGAGAUAAAUUCAUUCCAGCUCCACCGUCUUCUCCUCUCAGAAAACAAGAAUUAGAAAACUUAAGGUGCUCUAUCCUCGCCUGUAGUGCUUAUGUCGCUCUGGCUUUGGGUGACAGCCUCAUGGCCCUGAAUCAUGCAGACAGACUACUUCAGCAGCCUAAGUUGUCAGGAUCUCUUAAGUUUUUGGGCCAUUUAUAUGCAGCAGAAGCCCUCAUCUCUCUUGACAGAAUCUCUGAUGCCAUUACGCAUUUGAACCCUGAAAACGUCACUGAUGUGUCUUUGGGGAUCUCUUCAAAUGAGCAGGACCAAGGAUCUGACAAAGGGGAAAAUGAAGCAAUGGAGUCUUCUGGCAAGCAAACACCUCAGUGCUACCCAAGCUCUGUCACUUCUGCCCGAACGAUGAUGCUGUUUAAUCUCGGCAGUGCCUACUGUUUGCGCAGUGAAUAUGACAAGGCUCGCAAGUGUCUCCACCAGGCGGCUUCCAUGAUACAUCCUAAGGAAAUACCACCUGAGGCCAUCUUGCUGGCUGUCUACCUCGAACUACAGAAUGGUAACACUCAGCUGGCCUUACAGAUCAUCAAAAGAAACCAGCUGCUGCCUUCAGUGAAGACCCUGUCUGAAAUUCGGAAGAAACCGGCCUUCCCAUCUGCCCCACCCAUCCAGCCCAUCCAGAUGCCAGCUUUCCCCCCAGGGCAGAGAAAGUGACCCAGGGCCACAAACCAGGGUGUUGUGUAAUAGCCAAUAAAGGACAUUGGCUCGUGCA